AUGGCUAGUGGUAUAAAACGUAAAGCGCUAACGAUUUCGGACAAACUCAACAUUUUGAAAAAGUACGAUGAAGGAUUGGCUGAGAAAAAAAAACAAAAAGAUAUUGCUAAUGAACUGGGGAUACCUCCUUCCACUUUAAGAACUUUAUUGAAAAACAGACAUGAAAUAGAACAAAGCAGCUUGUUAGGUGGCAGCAAACGACAAAAAUUAAAACACGGGAAGUAUGAAGAGUUGGAAAAUAUUUUAUUGGAGUGGUUUCAACAAGCUCGUAGUUUAAAUUAUCCAAUAAAUGGAGGUAUAAUCACGGAAAAGGCGAUGGAGAUUGCCGCACGUCUCAACUUAACCGAAUUUAGUGGAUCGACUGGUUGGCUGGAUAGAUUUCGGAGUAGGCAUAGCAUUGUGUACCGGCAAAUAUCAGGUGAGGCUGAAUCUGUUAAUAAUGAUGAUAUAGCUUCAUGGAAAAAUAACGUGUUGCCUUCAUUACUGCGUGACUAUGCUCCUGACGAUGUAUACAACGCUGAUGAAUUCGGAUUGUUUUUUAAGCUUAUGCCAGAUAAGUCUUUUGUUUUUAAAAAUGAGACAUGCCAUGGUGGAAAGUUGAGCAAGGAACGUCUCACGGUUUUAGUAUGUACAAAUUCUACCGGAACCCAUAAAUUGAAGUUGGUCGUCAUUGGAAAAAGUAGGUCUCCUCGCUGUUUCAAAAAUGUUCGUACGUUUCCAUGUGAAUACCUUGCUCAAAGUCGUGCUUGGAUGACAGGAAUACUAUUCAUAAACUGGAUUCAACAGCUAGAUGCAUUUUUCGGUAAACAAAAGAGAAAAAUUAUUCUAUUCGUCGACAAUUGUCCGGCUCACCCUAAAGAUAUCCCUACUACCAAUAUAAAACUUGUUUUCUUUCCACCAAAUACUACAUCUAAGUUACAACCCCUAGAUCAGGGUAUCAUUAAAGUGAUAAAACAAAAGUACCGAAAAAAGUUAGUUCAGCGGUACUUGAGAGACAUGGAGAGUACCAACCAAAUUUCAACUAAAGUUAACGUUUUGGACUCCAUACAUUACGUUAGUGCCGCUUGGGAUGAAAUUAAACCAGAUGUAAUAAUAAACUGUUUUCGGAAAGCUGCAUUUGGUAUGUUGAACAACUCUGAACAGGCUGAUAGCUCACCUUUAAAAGAAGAGGACUUUCAGCUUCUGCAAAAUUUUGCUGAUUAUGCAACAGUAGAUGAUGAACUCGUAACCAGUAGCACUCGGACUUUAGAUGAAAUAAUCGCUGAUACGAACUUAGUGGACAAUGAGAAAGAAGACGACGAUCAAGAAGAAGAAGAUCAAGACUUUCCAGUAUCUACUCCUACAAUAACUACUGGUUUGCAACAUUUAUCGGAAAUUCGGAAAGUAUUAUUCUGUGUUGAAAAUUCCGAAGAAAUGAACCGGAUGACGGCUGCUGAAGCGAUCAGACACAAUUGGUUGAAGACAGCAGAACGACGGAAAGCGUUGAGCAAGACCAAAUUGAAACGAUACGUAAUAAAAAAACAGUGGAUUCGGGCGACCAACACAAUUUUAGCGUUAAAUCGCAUGGGUGCUAAAUUGGAAUAA